CGACAAUAAUGAUUCUCGGGGAGCUUGGGUUCAUUCCCAGUCAAAAAAUUGGCUUCUACUGCAACGAUCCAAAAAUUUCCUACAAAUUUACAGGAGACACGGUGUCGUCGGUUAUGCUAAUAGUCAUUACCGUAACUCUGCCCGCACUGGUGGUAACUUUACAGAUGUGGGUUACGGAAUUGGCUUACUACAACUCGGACAGUUACAAGAAUUUAGAGUGCAAAUCAAGCUCGAGGAACCGACAAUUUUGGCAAUGGUAUGGCUACUAUACACUUGGAUGGUGGUAUCUUCUCUUUAUCGUCGAGAUCCUGAAAGUUGUCGUCGGGGAACCGAGGCCCCACUUUAUUGACUCAUGCAGGCCCAGAGAAAUCACCAACUGCACCAACGAAUAUAGAAGGUUAUACACAUGCACCAAUACGGAAUUAUCCUGGUUUUAUGUCAAUGACUCCGACAAGUCCUUUCCUUCUGGACACGCUGCAACUUCUAUAUUCACCGCAACGUUUUUGGUUUGGUACAUGCAGAAGCGCAUCCCGGAUCAGCUCGUAAUGAUACUGAUAAAGCCGUGGCUGCAAUGCCUGGCGAUCCUGUGGGGCAUUUCCUGCUCCAUGUCGCGGAUAACCGACAACCGACAUCACUGGUGGGACGUUGCGUGCGGCCUCAUCCUAGGUGUCGGCUUCGGCGUAUUCGUCGUGUGCGUUCUCUGCAAGCAGUUCAGCCCGAUGACGAGCGACGCGGAAGUCGGGCCCACUGCCAAGGGCGCCGUCAAUCCCAUGAGCUACGCAAACGCCAAAAAGCGUCACCAGAGCGUGAAGAAACUGCUGAAUGACGGGAACGGCCUUAACGGUGAAACACCCGAGGGUAGGGAACUCGGGGACGUGCACGGGACCUGGACAGCUUAAUUUGGAUAUUGGAGCCCCGGACGACGCUGUUGUUACUUAAUAUGGAGAAAAAGGAGCCCGUGAAAG